GUGCCCCCCGGGCGCGAUGGCUAGUGGCAGCGCUGGGAAGCCCACUGGCGAGGCGGCUUCUCCGGCUCCUGCGAGCGCCGUCGGGGCGGCCUGCUCGCAGCCGCGGAAGAGGCUGGUGUCCGUCUGCGACCACUGCAAAGGCAAGAUGCAGCUGGUGGCCGACCUGCUGCUGCUGUCGAGCGAGGCGCGGCCCGUGCUCUUCGAGGGCCCCGCCUCCUCCUGCGCCGGGGCCGAGUCCUUCGAGCAGUGCCGGGACACGAUCAUCGCGCGCACCAAGGGGCUCUCCAUCCUCACCCACGACGUGCAGAGCCAGCUCAACAUGGGCCGCUUCGGGGAGGCCGGGGACAGCCUGGUGGAGCUGGGAGACCUGGUGGUGUCGCUGACCGAGUGCUCCGCCCACGCGGCCUACCUGGCGGCGGUGGCCACGCCGGGCGCGCAGCCCGCUCAGCCGGGCCUGGUGGACCGCUACCGCGUGACGCGCUGCCGCCACGAGGUGGAGCAGGGCUGCGCCGUGCUGCGCGCCACCCCGCUGGCCGACAUGACGCCGCAGCUGCUGCUGGAGGUGUCGCAGGGCCUGUCGCGCAACCUCAAGUUCCUGACGGACGCGUGCGCCCUGGCCAGCGACAAGUCCCGGGACCGCUUCUCCCGCGAGCAGUUCAAGCUGGGCGUCAAGUGCAUGAGCACGAGUGCGUCGGCGCUGCUGGCCUGCGUGCGCGAGGUGAAGGCGGCGCCCAGCGAGCUGGCCCGCAGCCGCUGCGCGCUCUUCAGCGGGCCGCUGGUGCAGGCCGUAAGCGCCCUGGUGGGCUUCGCCACCGAGCCGCAGUUCCUGGGUCGCGCGGCGGCCGUGAGCGCCGAGGGCAAGGCGGUGCAGACCGCCAUCCUGGGCGGCGCCAUGAGCGUGGUGUCGGCCUGCGUGCUCCUGACCCAGUGCCUCAGGGAUCUGGCGCAGCACCCCGACGGGGGCGCCAAGAUGUCGGACCACAGGGAGAGGCUGAGGAACUCGGCCUGCGCCGUGUCUGAAGGCUGCACCCUGCUAUCUCAGGCUUUACGGGAGAGGUCUUCGCCCAGGACUUUACCGCCAGUGAAUUCCAAUUCUGUGAAUUAGCACCCGCCCCCUUCUUUCUUCCACCCCAGACUAGAGGAAGAUACUUACUGUCUGCCCUCUCCAUGUAUACCAAAGAAAUCCCAGGGGAAGACCCCCCCUCCAUGUCGGAUGCUCCAGAGGAACCUUCCAGAGAGCGGGGCCAUGCGCUCCGACGACACUCGUGGGCGCGGGGGGACCCACUGCCCACCUACGCACACCCAGCAGGGACCCGGAGGUGGCACCCAGCCCCGGCCCCUCUUCUGGAGUUCCUCCACUAAAUUUUCUUACCAAUUGGGCAGGAAGGAGGUCAUGGGUUUGUUUCUUUUGGGGUCCUUUUUUUUUCUUUCUGUUUUCUGUUUUUUCCUAAUUAAAAGAAAGGUUACCUCAGUUUUCACUCCUUAGACAUGGAUGUAGCUACCUUUUUUUUUUUUUUUUUUUUUUUUUUUUUAAGCAAUCGUGUUGGAUUAGGCGUAUACUUGGUGUGGAAAGAGUAUGACUUUGCCAUGUGAUUUGCAAAUGGGGGGAAAGCUACUGUGAGUGUGUUGUUUUAUUUUUUAAUUUACACUAUAGAGUGAUUCCCCCCUGCCCUUGCCCACCCCCCACCCCCAUGUCAAGUUUUUACCUUGCAUGUACUGGAGUAUUUAUUUCAUUUAUUAAAAUGUUAUGUUUCUCAGA